GAAGGGAAGAGAGGAAGGUUGAUCACCGGAUGAUCAAGAUCAAAAUCACCAGUUUGCAUUCUUCUUCAGCAAAAGAGCAGCAGGACCAAUCAACAAACCAUGUCUUACUUCCGAAAAGAUCACAGCGAUGACGUCGAGGACUUUGAUGAGUACGAUCCCACCCCAUACAGUGGUGGAUACGACAUUUCUCUGACUUACGGCCGCCCACUUCCUCCCUCCGAGGAAACCUGCUACCGCAGCUCCUCAUCAACCUCCGAGUCCUUCGAUUACGACCGCCCCCAGUACUCCUCCUAUGCUGAGCCCUCCGCCUACGGUGACCAGGCCCUCGAAAAUGAGUACAAAAGUUAUGUUCGCCCCAAGCCCCGCCCCGGCCGCCCUGGUCCCCCUCCACCUUCCUACGGGGCCCCAUCUGGGGAUGUUGGGGGCUAUGGGCAUGACAACCCUCAGCCCAACUACGCCUUCCAGCCUGGCGUGAACCGUCCCGGAGCCGGUGGCUAUGGUGGAGAGAGCGAGUACGGAGGCGGCGGUUUCGGAUCCGAGGGAUACGGUCGCACGAAGCCACCUAGUUCUGAAUAUGGAUCUGGGUACCAGAGGCCCGGCUCCGAAUACGAGAGGCCUACCUCGGAGUACGGAUCCGGGUACGGCCGGAAACCGGAGUAUGAGAGGCCUAGCUCGGAAUAUGGAUCUGGUGGAUACCAGAGACCAAGUUCCGAAUAUGGAUCCGGUGGAUACCAGAGGCCAACUUCCGAAUAUGGAUCCGGUGGUUACGAGAGGCCAACUUCCGGAUUAGGAUCCGGUGGUUAUGAGAAGCCAACUUCCGAAUACGGAUCCGGAUACGGCCGGAAGAGCGGGUAUGAGGAGCCCACAUCGGAGUAUGGAUCCGGGAAUGCCAGGAAGACGAGCUAUGGCGAGGAGGAGAGUGGUGGGUAUGGAGGAUAUGGAAGGAAACCUGAGAGGCCGAGUUACGAGAGUCAGGAGAGUGAGGGUAGGUAUGGAGGAUCAAGCUAUGAGAGGCCCAGCUAUGGAAGGUCUGAGGAAGAGGAAUACAGGAAGCCCAGCUAUGGAAGGUCUGAGGAAGAGGAGUACAGGAAGCCCAGCUAUGGGAGCCGUGAUGAUGACGACGAAGGCUAUGGCCGCAAGAAAUAUGGCGGCGAGGGCUCUGAUGAUGAUGAGGAAAAGAAACAUCGCUACAAGCAUCACCACCAGCACCACCACCGCAAAGACUAUGACGAUGAGUGAGCAAACUGGCAAGUGGUGGUCUGCUAGGGGUUCAUGUUAUUUCAAUCCACUACUAUUACUGAAUAAGGGGUUGGCAUGCUUCCCUUCAGUGUUCGCGUGUUUUAAGCAUAUAUUGUUGCAGUAUCUUUGAGAAGAAAUAAAUAGACUAGAGCUAUGCAGACUCAAGUUAAUUGUGUGAGAUCGUCAGCCUUUUGCUUUUGAUUGUAAGCCGAUAAGUGAAAUCCCAAGUACCUGGGAAGGUGUUGUGGAUAUUCCCCUUGUCUGAUUAAGUGCAGCUAAGUUGCUUUUCAUGUCAAAUUUGAAAAUUAUUGGCUUUGGUCUCCA